AUGCUUCAGACAUUAAAGAAGAAGUAUAAGAGAAAUCUUAGUAAAAGAAAGAUUGGAGAGGGACCAAUAUUUGGUUUGUCCAAGUCUGUGUGGGGAGAACUAGGUUAUUUGGCAGGGAAAAUGGCCACAGUUGCCAAACCUCAGGAUCAUGUUUUUGAUGUGCCAAAGCCUGUGUGGAGAGCUCCACGCUAUAAGAACCACAUAGAUGGAGGAGAGAAAAAGAGCAGUGGUGGAAAAGAGACAAACGAAACCUGUGUUGAAACAGUUUGGAGCGACGAAGAUAAAACUGCCCUUUUACAAGGGUUAAUUGACUUCAAAUCCAAUACUGGUACACAUGCCUAUGAGGAUAUGUCUGGGUUUUAUGAGGUUGUGAGGAAAUCGGUUAGAGUCGAUGUAAGGAAGAUUGAAGUCAUUGAGAAGCUUCGAACAUUAAGAGAAAAGUUUGAGAGCAAUCUUGGUCAAGGGAAGAAGGGAGAGGAACCUACAUUUGUCAAGCCUCACGAUCGUAAAAUCUUUAUUUUGUCCAAGUCUAUUUGGGGAGCUCUAUACUAUUCAGGGAAGAGUGGAGAGGAACCCACAUUUGCCAAACCCCAUGAUAGCGAGGUCUUUGAUUUGUCUAAGCCUGUGUGGAAAGCUCAACGCGAUGAGAAUCGUGAUGUCAAAAGGCGUAAGACGAAGAAAACCUAA